AUGGAAGAAAUCAGAGAAGUUUGGGGUUCGAAUGUUGAUACAGAGCUGGCGUUCUUCGAUCAGUGUCUAAACCGAUUCAAUUUCCUUUCUUUCGACACAGAGUUUCCGGGUUUCCUUCGAAACACUCCCAGAGAUGCGUCAGAGUGUCUGCGCUACAAUGACUUGAAGUUUAAUGUCGAUUUGACGAAGAUUAUCCAACUGGGUAUCACACUUUCAGAUGGUAACGGUAUUAUCUGUUCAACUUGGGAGUUCAAUUUCAGUGAUUUUGAUCCGGAGAAAGAUGCACAUUCUGAAGAAUCGAUUGAUUUCUUGAGGAAAAACGGCCUUGAUAUUGAGAAAAUCAGAAGGGAUGGGUUGUCAAGCGAAGUUUUUGUACCAAAAUUCAUGGACAUUCUGUCACGGCACAGAAACAUAAAGUGGGUGUCUUUCCAUGGCCUCUAUGAUUUUGCCUAUGUUCUGAAACUGUUGACGGACAAACCCAUGCCAAGAACUGUGUUUGAGUUUGUUGAGGUGGCAUCCAUGGUGUUCGGGUGCGUGUUUGAUAUAAAAUUCAUGGCAAAACACUGUACUGGGUUAUUGGGUGGUGAGAUUGGAUUGAGUAGAGCGGCGAAGAUCUUAGGCGUGGAGAGGAAGGGCGCGGCUCAUAACGCUGGUUCUGACAGUCUGCUAACCGCUUCUGUUUUUGCAAGGAUGAAGAUGAUGCCGGGGUUUCAAGAAGGAGUUUUUACUGGAUGUUUAUACGGUAUCAGUACUCGUAUUGGAAGACGUAUGAAGAUGGUUGUUCCUCGCUAUUCUCAACCUAUGAUUCUUCCCCCCUUCAGGCCUCGUCCAGCAAUUAUCUUCUGUGGAGUACCUGUUAUUCGUCCUGUACCCAAUAUUAUCAUAAAGAAUGUUUGA